UGCCGAUUGGCCACAUGCCUCGCGCCCCUGCCUCCUAUUGGCCUAGUUAGGGGAGGGGGCGACUCACCCCGUCUUCGGAUUGGCUGUUGGUGGCCGUGGCGACUCUAUCGGGGGUGUGGGUGCAGGACCCCCAGUGGACCCUGUGAGGGGCCGUGGUGCGCUGCGUUCUGCCCGUUCCACCCUCAUGAGGGUCUCUUGCCCCAGCGGGCCUGUUGGGCAUCUGUGUGGCCCCAACAGGCCAAGGCUCCUGGCUGGGUGGCCCUGAGGCUUGGUGUUGAGGGAAGUUAGGCCCUUCCCCGCUGCCCUGAGGGAGUUCCAUUCACGAAGGCCCUGGUGCGAGUAGCAGCAGUUGAGGCAGGUGGAAGCUGUGGGGUCACGGGUCUCCUGACAGUGGUCUUGUGCCAAAAACCUGGUUCCUGUGGUCUUGGUAUGGUUGUAGCAAGUGGAUACUUGAUCUGGUGGCUCUCUUGUUUUGUGGGUGUUGGUGUUGAGUUGUCCUGUUUCCCCUCCUGUGCCCCAGCUCAUUAAAAGUGAGUUUAUGUGAAUUUGUUAAAUAGUUGAGUUGGAAUGGAAGAAUGAGGUCCUGAUGCUGUGCGUGUCAGAAUUACUCAUCCUAAAGGGAUAAUUCACAUUUUUUAGGGUUAUUUCCCUGUACAAGAGCUAUGUGUGGUCACCUUUUAGCUCUCAGCUGGACAUUGCAGAGCCUGAGGAGUGCUCUUACAGGAUCCCUAAAUUGCAAUUUAAAUUUGCUUUAGGCUACUGACAGUAGUCAAAGUCCUGACAGUGAAAUGAAGGGUCUGUAUUUGUGAUGCACUUUUUUGUACCUCAGCAUCCUAUCUAGUGUAUCACUAUAUGGUUAUAUAUUUACGGUUCUUACAGGCCUUUAAAGAAUGAUCAGAGUGCAAAGCUGGGUGUGUGAAAUACCUAUCAAUGUUUCCCUGUGAGUUUCAGUGGGAAUAGAGACUAUACUGAACUUUUGCUUUCUUCUGUCAGAUUUUUAAUAAUUUAGUUUUUUCUUUCUUAUAGUUCAGUUAGAAGAUGAGAUGCUAAUGAAUCACCAACUGAUUUUACAAGAGGAUUCUUUGCAUCUUUUGUGGAUACAAUAAAAUAAUUGGCAGUGUUGAGCCUUCUAAUGCCUUCAUUUCUAGGAAAACUAAUACAGGAGUGUGUAUUGCUCUAGUCUGUCCUUAAAUGGAAAACUUCUCUCUGAAAUUGUGAUGGCUUUUGACAUUUUUGCUUCAUGGAUGCUUCUCUUGUGCAAAAAGAGACAGCUUUAUUAUAUUUUUUUAUAAGAUAAAAUAUCGGAGUAGUUGUUAUUAUUGUUAUCUGAUAGAAUAAUUGACAAUUUGAUUUUAGAGAGAAAUGGGUCUGUGGUAUUGUCUGUUCUCUUCUGGCACCCUUAAUCCUAUCCUUUGCAGAAAAUCCUUGGAUGAGCUCUCCUGGGGUAAAUUGCUCUGUAGUGAGCAGCUGUUCCCAGUGUGUUCCUGGCCACCUGCACUGCUGGCAGCUAUGUACACUGAAUUCUAAUGGAUUAAUGGAUUUCGAAGUGUAUCUGAUUAAGUGGGUUGGUUUUGUAUGCUGAAUUUUGUUUGGACCUGACCAUGAGAUUGGGUCUGUUUGUCACCUUUAUCUCCUGCUAGUCAAACGUGCAGUUGUUGUAUUGUAGCCCUGAAAUGGCUCUAUAUGUCAGUGCCCACCUGUUUGAAGGUGCAGAUAAUCCAUUGGUUCUUUGGGGUAGUGCAGAGCAGCAGCUAUUCUGAAGGAGCUAUCUUGUAUGUGUUUUUAUGUGCAGAAACAAAGUAGGUUUAUUUUUUUGAAUUUUUGGACAGGUGAUUUAAAUUUUGAGGAGAGGUGCAGGGGGGUGGGAGAAGGAGAGAGGAAGCACCACCCACUUGUAGGAAAGGAAAGAAUCCCCUUCAACUGACAGCUCUUUUGGAAAGAGUUUACUGGAGGAGGAGAAGGGAUGGAAGACAAAAAACUGUCAGGAAGAAGCUGGAGGGGAAUGGUUUAUUUUCUUUCAGUAACCCCUAAUAGAGCCAUCUUGAAGGUUGUGUGGGCAGAACUGUAGAAGACACUGAUACAGACAUUUCUCUUCCUUUUGUGUCGUCCUAUACUUUAAAUGCAUGUAUUCAAUUUCCUUGCUUUAUCAGACUUCUCUCUUUGUGAUUUAUAAUCCAAGUCCUUUAGGAAGGCACGGUCAUUGUCUCGAGCAGCUGGAGCCCAAAAACUGCACUAUGUGAUUCAACAACCAUGAUAUCACAGGGACCUCAGAGGAUUAAACAUUGGGAAGACAAGAACAUGAGGAACAUGGCCAGAGAUUCGGGAAGCUGAGGGUGGGAGGAAGAAAUCAGUUGCUGGAGUGGCUAUGUAGAUGUUGAGCAAAUGGGAAGAGAGGUGACUAAAGAAGAGAUUUGCAUAUGUAGAAAGUAAUGAAGUUGAGUCUUUGCCCACUGAGAGAGAGGACAGUGUGAGAAAUACUUUAUUAUACAAAAAUUAGGACUCAAGAGAGAUGUCCUUGGAGCAUCUCUGAGUAGGUAUCUGAACACAGCCUAGGUAGCUCCCAGGAGGAUAUUAACCUGUGCUCAGGCUGGAUUCUCUCCUGUGUUCUCUGUUAGAAGUGGAUCUUCAGCUACUUACCCGAUAAGUUCUGAGAGAAUAGUUACAUCAGGCUGUUGUGCUGUCACCCUCAGUGCUUGGGCACUGUCCCUUUAGGAAAAGGGCUGGAACUGCCAUGUCGAGCAGUCUGGCCUUGGUCUAAGAGUUCCAGCUCAUUGUUGCUUUGAUGAUGGAUGUGCCAUAAGGAGAUAGAUUCAUUAUGUACAAUGGCAGCAAAGAGUAACUUGGUGUUUGGCUGAGCUCUUCUAUUUAUUAUAUGACAAAAUAAAUUGAAGCCAGUUUUUCCUUUGUGGAGAUCAAUAAUUCUUGCUGUCCCAGCCCUAGUAUGAUUUCCAUUUUUAACUCUCCAGUAAAACAUAAAAAAUGUAGUUUUAUGUGACCUGAUUGAUACCGUUCACACAAAAUGCACCAGGACCAGAGCUCCUUGAAACAGCAUGUGCCUGUGAUGAAUGGGAAUGCAGAAAAGGUGACAACAGUCCUCCUCAAGGAGGUUAGAAACCUUCUUGCAGCAGUGAAAGCAUGUUCCUGCUAAAGGAUCUCAGGAAAUGCACUGGCUCUGCCUUCUAGGCAAACUAGGAUAAUUAAGUGUGGGUAAAGCUUUUUGCUGGCAAAUGUGAUGUUCCUUUUUAGCAUCAUAAAUCAUUUUCAUACUAAAAGCUGGAGGAAGGCUCAGAAUCCUAAAACUCCUUUUGUACCAAUCUUGGUGCCCUUGCCCAUGGCUGGGGUGACACAGAGUUGUCAGUGAGCUCAGCCGCGGGAGGAUUUAGCCAAUAGUCCCUGCUGUUAUUGCUGCAGGGAACCUCAGGCUAUGGCAAGGCUUUUUUACACUGGGGAGUAAAUCACAUUAGCUGGCUUAUGCACCAUUAUUGUAAAGAGCAUUCUCGUUUGAGAUACUGAGUGCCUUUAUUCCUCCCUGAGCAGGGAGGUGGUCUUUUCCCCUUCCUCUGCUUUAAUAUGCCCCUUUCUCAUCCCAGAGAAGGGGCAAAAAUGAGUGUUUGGCAGCCACUGGCUUGGAUUUUUCAGCAGAAUGCCCUUAGUGAACCUCACAGAGGUUGCUGCAGAUGAAGUCCCCAGAGAUUUUGUCUCUGUACAUGCUUGUGUAGUCAUAGUAUUGAAAGAAAUUGCCAUUCUUUAAUAGCAAGUUUGCCAAGAAAAUACAUUUCUUUUUGAUUCUAAUUUUUUGUGGGUUUUCUUUCUGACUUUCAGAGGUUACCUUUGAAGCCCUAGAUGAGUUCACUGGGUUUAACUUGUGUUUAAAACACUUGGAUACCAAACACAAAGCAGCAGUGACUUUUCUGUUAGUGGUUUUCUCUUACAGCACUGUUCACUCUUGAGUGUUGGUGGGGGGAUCAUGCAUGCAGCUGUGAGGGGACACACAUGGGGCUGUGGCGGCUCAGGGUGUCUAAUGCUGAGGCAGCAGAGCUAACGAAGACAUUGCUGUUGGGUAGGCAAAUGAGGUGCUUUGCCCCUCUGAGCAGUGCUUUCCCAUCCUCUGGAACUGAAUGCAGUUCAUGGGGAAGCUGCUGAUUUAAUAAUACAGCUCCAGAGAAAACACCGUCCCACAGGAGCAGGAGGGAGGAGUUGGAGAGAGUUGCCAAGGUCAAAAGGAGGUUUUAGGCAUGAUUAAAAAAAAAAAAAAAAAGAACUGUCAGACAAUGACACCAAGAUGCUUUUGAGGCAUCAGGAGCAGCAGAGGAGAAAUUUUGUCAUUAAUGACAUUUUCUGGAUUGGAUGUAAAGUGUAAAACCUAAAGAGAGAUGGCUGUAGGUCUGUGACAGCAACAGGUCCCAGAAGGUGUUGAGAAAAGGAAGGUAAAUGUGAAUGGUGUUCUGAGACAAACCUGUGUUAUCCUGAAGGGAUGGUUAAUUUACUUGAGCAGCUCAGAAUGAGCUAAGGUUCCACUAGAGGAGAUAUUUCAGUCAGAGGAUCUGUGCUGGUUCUUCAAUCGUGUUGUGUCGUGAUUCACACAAUAUAUAGUGACACAGGGCUGUCACUGCCUCACCACUGCACUAUAUUGGUACCCUUUAGUUGUGCCUGUUACUGUUUCAGCUUGUGUCAUCACCCAGAACAGGCAGGGUGAGGCAUGCCUGUCAUUUGGGGAGGAAAAUGCUGCAUCUGCAGUCACUGCAAAUGCUUUAGCAGCUCCCACUGGCAUUGCUUAUUGCUCAUGUUUGUGAUGCUCCUUGGAUUGUAUGAAAACAUUGGGGUGCUGGUGGAAUUUUGGGUGAUUAUUGGGUGAUGUUUCAUAAUUCUAAAUCUCUUCAUAAUGACCAAAUCUCUCUACUUCCAGAAAAGUAAGAACUUAGAAAAAAAUUUUCAAUUAUAUUUGAGCCAGGCCUCUUAUAGUGGAGAGAAUAUAGUUGUGACAUACAUAACAUGUAAAUUUAACAUGAGUUUAAGCAAGCUGUUUAGAUUACUGUUUUACUAAACUUCUACAUGGAUUUUUCUUACAAAAUGUAGCCUACUUUCUGAAUAAUGAGAAAAAAACUGAGUUCAUCCUAUUACAAUGCCUUUUAUCUUUAAUUAUCUUUUCUUCUUUUAGGAUUUCUGCAAUUGAGUUUCAAUUUCUGUUACACAGAUUCUUAUGGUAAUCCCUUUGACGCAGCAGAGCUUCCCAUUGAGGUGCAUGUCUUGGUGUUUAUUUAGCUUGUCUGAAAAUGUCUGAUGUGUUCAAUACAGUGAGAAAAAUCAACAAUUGCCAAAGAUAAUCCAUGGGCAAAGAGUGUGGAGAGCAAGCAGAGAGCACUCCCUGCAUGCCAGUGAUUUGACAAUGCUUAUGUCCAAAGUUUCACAUUUAUUUCUGCUAAAAAACUACGAAAGCUGAGAGAAGAUCUCAGGGAAAUGGUCUCAAACAUUUCAAGACACUGUGGGCUGUCAGUGUCAGGGCUGUAAUGGCUAUUGAGGGAGUGUAUCUAGGGUAGGAAAUAAGAUUGUGCAGGAUUCAUGAGGAGGAGCAUCCUAUGAAAGAUCAGUGAGCAUUGUUAGUUUGGUCUUCUUGUCAUUGGUGUCAGAAAACUUGCUCAGGUGUUGGUGUUUGUGGCAGUUCUAUUGUCAGUGACUUUGGGUAAGAUUUUUCCAGCUCCUGGCCUUGUUUCACAGCUGAAUUUCAACACUUGCUCCUGCCUCCUGCCCCUCUGGGUCCCUGUGACCUCUCUGGGACACAGCCUGUCUCCUCCUGCGUUGUCUUCUUUCUCAGCACAUCCAUGUUUCCAGGGAAAUGUGCUUUUCAGUGUGUUUUCAGGAUUACAGAUGUACUGAGGGAAUGCAUACCAGAGAUCAAUCCUCGGAUGAACUUGGAAGUACAGAAGUUGAAAACAUCAGCAAAGCCUGUGGUUCUUACUAUUGUUCCUUAUUGCUGCCCAAUUGGCUGGGCUGCACUGUUUCUUAUUUUCAUUUCUGUCAGGAAUAGCAAUAACUGGACUGUUUACAGAAUCUGCAGCACUGGGACACUGAAUUUGGUUCAGCCUUGCUUUAUUUUCCCCCAAGAUUAUAAGUUAGUGCUAACUAUCAGAACCAUGAAAUGACUGUCUUCUACUUUCCUUUGCAACUUUUUGGGUACUUCUUUUUUCAGAGAUGAUUCUUAAUUCCCAGUUUUGUCUUUUAAAGACCCUGCCUGAACCCUUCAGUCUCCUUUGUACUCAAGUUGUAAGUUAUCUGUGCCAAAAUGACUCUGCAGGAGUGAGUCAGCAUCUUCCUUCAGACCUUCAUUGUCUGCUCGUGGGGAAGGUCAGCCAAAAAUUCUGCUACAGGUUGCACCAUGUGGAAUUAGCCAGAACUGAGCCUUUCUCUUAAUUCAAUUAGUAGUAAUGUAAUUGCUUACUUUUUAACAGGAUAAUUGUAUUUGUUUUAAAAAGUCAAACUACCCCAAAUUGAAACUUCUAAUGUUUGUUUUUUAUUUUUAGUUUUCUAAGCAGUUAGGUAAUUGAUUAAACUACUGGCUACUGUUAGUGCAAUUACAUGAAUUGGCUGUUGAUUAAUACUGGCUGUCUAGGAAAAUAGCUGUUGUGGAUAAACCAGCUGAAAAAUAGCAACAGGAUAGGUGUUACAUUUUGCAAAGAAGUUGUUCACAGUGUGUUACUGACAUAAAUGCUGCCAUGUUUCGCAUGAGUAGAGGCGAUCAUAUACCUGCUAUAUGUAUAUAUUUAUAUAUUCUGAAUAAAGAACCUAUACCUGAUAAAAUGAGUAAAGGAGAUCAGUGAAUGAGGUAGGAUAAGAUAUGGGAAAUUCCCAACUUUUUAAUCCUUAAUAACAUAACAAGUAGCUGGGAGAAAGGUUCUAUGUAGGGAUGGAUGGUAUUUAUUUAUAGAUCAGAGCAUGUGUGCACUUGAAUAUAUAAAUAAAUAAUAUUUAUCUGUAAAUUGCCCUGACCUUCCAUACUUUGAAGACAAGGCUGGUCUUUAUCACUCAUGUUUGCUGCAGUUAAUUUGUUCAUACUAAGCUCAGGCAUUGAAUGCUGGUACAUAGAUUUUGUUUUAAUUUUUCUCCUAAGUGCUUUUUGGUGAUGUUUUGUAUCAAGCAGUAUUAAUGGAGAUGAGGUUUCUGUCCCUAUAUUCUCAUAACUGGAGAUGUUCAGAUAUAAGAGAAAGUCAGAACAUUUCCUCAGUGUCUGCUUUUGUGGGGGUCCCAUGUGCUGGGUUGCUCAGCAUGAGACAGCAAGCGUUAACUCCAGUCACCAGUAACAGCAAAACUUGGUGUCUAGCAAUGCCCAGAAAUGUCUUUCCCACUGUUUUUCUUUGUGUAUAUGUAAGUAAUGUGAUUUCUUUGCUCCACCGCACAGUUCAGUGACAUUAGCCUGAGAUUUCCCUGCCCUGAUGAUUUAUCCGUGCUGGCCAGGCCCAGUGGAACAGUCGGUGCUCAGGUCUGCAUAGCUUAAUCCUUGCUGGCAGAAUUAGGAGGAUUUAUAAAGUGCCUGCUGCUUUUUUUACCUCUCCUUAUCUAUUUUUCAGUUUGUCAAUGACAAGCCGAAUGCUAGCAUUUAUAGGGAUAAAUUAUGACUAAAAUAAUUUGCAUUUAAAAUGCAAAUGAAUGAAAGCAUCAGCAAGGAGCCUUCUGCUUCCUUCCUGGUGCACAGAUGGGUACUGGCAUUGGAUCAGCCCAGCAAGGCACUGGAUAUAAAAUAAAGUUAAUUGGAGUAGCUGAGAAAUGAAAUGGGCUCAGCCUCAUGCUAAUUCCUGGCCUAUGAUUUAAUACGACAUUAGAGACGAAGAAUGGGAGGGUGCUGAACCACUGACUCAAACAAUCGCCAGAGCUGUAAACUCCCCUUCUGGGAUCACCAUGGAGAUUGAGAGGCCCCAGUAAAAUUGCAAGAGCCAUGUUGCUGAAGAUCACCUUGUCUUCUGGAAGCAGAAACACAAUGAACAGAUGAAUCCCUUCAGCCAGAUAUUACUCCAGUAGGUCUCCUUCUCCUCAUGGAGCACACAGGCAGGGAGGAGAUGGACUUGAAAGAGGAAAGUCCUCAGGUGUGGACUGAGUCUGCAGGACAGGAACAGCACACUGCUCAGGUGCACUUUGUCCCCGAGGGGGGAGCGGUGGCCCAGAUCAUGUACAGUGACGAGCAGGAGCGCGGCCCUGCCCAGCAGGUGGUUUACACGGCUGACGGCACCUCCUACACCUCUGUGGACACCUCGGAGCACACCCUGGUUUACAUCCACCCCGUGGAAGCUACGCAGACUCUGUUUACAGAUCCGUCCCAAGUGGCUUACGUCCAACAGGAUGCUACCACCCAGCAGGUAACGGUGCUCUUGCCUGCUGCUGCUCAGAGCAUGAAUCCCACCAACCUGUCUGUGCUCGGCAGCGUUGCUGAUCCCCCCCAGCCAGUGGCUCUGGAGCAGGGGCCACAAGCAGAUAGAGCAUCAUUACCGGUGCAUAACCAAGUGUUACCUCCUAUGGAGGCUGUGGAUGGUUCUGAUUCUUUAGCACCUCUGCAGAAUCAAAUGGAAAGGAUAGAAACAAAAGAGGAAGAUGAUGAGGAUGAAGAUGAGGAUGAAGAUGGGGAAGACACGGACAUGGAUGAGUGGGAUCCAGAUCCACCUCGACCCUUUGAUCCCAAUGAUUUGUGGUGUGAAGAGUGUAAUAACGCACAUCCCUCAGUGUGUCCAAAACAUGGACCUUUGCAUCCCAUCCCAAACCGGCCUGUGCUGACCAGGGCGAGGGCCAGCCUUCCCCUGGUGCUCUAUAUAGACAGGUUUUUGGGAGGUGUGUUCUCCAAAAGGCGCAUCCCAAAGCGAACACAGUUUGGGCCUGUGGAAGGACCUCUGGUCAGACAGACUGAGCUCAAAGACUGCUAUAUCCAUUUGAAGGUUUCUCUUGAUAAGGGUGACAGAAAAGACAGAGACUUGCAAGAGGACUUGUGGUUUGAGCUGUCCAGUGAGGCUCUCUGUAACUGGAUGAUGUUUGUGCGUCCAGCUCAAAAUCACCUGGAGCAGAACCUAGUGGCCUAUCAGUAUGGCCACCACAUUUAUUACACCACCAUUAAAAAUGUGGAACCCAAGCAGGAACUCAAGGUGUGGUAUGCUGCCUCCUAUGCCGAGUUUGUGAACCAGAAGAUCCAUGACAUAACUGAGGAGGAAAGGAAGGUGCUCAGGGAGCAGGAAAAGAACUGGCCAUGUUACGAGUGCAAUCGGCGUUUCAUGAGCUCGGAGCAGCUCCAGCAGCACCUCAACUCCCAUGACGAGAAGCUGGACUUCUUCAGCAGAACCAGAGGCCGUGGUCGUGGGCGAGGGAAGAGGAGAUUCGGACCAGGCAGACGCCCUGGGCGCCCUCCCAAAUUCAUGCGCAUAGAAGUAACCAGUGAAAAUGGUGAAAAAUGUGAAGAAGGAACACAGGACUUGCUGCAUUUUUCCAGCAAGGGGCAGUUUGAUGAGGCCGGACAAGCCCCACUGAAUGGGCUGGAGCAGCAGGAGCAGACUCCGGUGCCAACAGAGCCACAGGGAGCGCUGGAGCAGCAGGAAAACCACGUGCUCCAUGUACAGCCACAGCACGAGGCGAGCACGGUGUCCACACAGAGCUCCGUGACAGCAGAUGACAUGAGGCGAGCAAAGCGCAUCAGGCUGGAGCUGCAGAAUGCAGCUCUGCAGCACCUGUUCAUCCGGAAAUCCUUCCGCCCGUUCAAAUGCCUGCAGUGUGGGAAGGCCUUUCGGGAGAAGGACAAGCUGGACCAGCACUUGCGGUUCCAUGGGCGGGAAGGGAACUGCCCUUUGACCUGUGACAUCUGCAACAAGGGCUUCAUCAACAGCGGUGCCCUCGAGAGCCACAUGAAGUUCCAUAUGGACCAGAAAACGUACUCCUGCAUUUUCUGCCCCGAGUCCUUUGACCGCUUGGAUCUCCUUAAGGAUCACGUGGCCGUCCAUGUCAAUGAUGGCUAUUUCACCUGCCCCACCUGCAAGAAACGCUUCCCAGAUUUUAUCCAGGUCAAGAAACAUGUGCGCAGUUUCCAUUCUGAGAAGAUUUACCAGUGUACAGAGUGUGACAAGGCUUUCUGCCGCCCCGACAAGCUGCGACUCCACAUGCUGCGGCACUCGGACCGCAAAGACUUCCUGUGCUCCACCUGUGGCAAGCAGUUUAAGAGGAAGGACAAGCUGCGAGAGCACAUGCAGAGGAUGCACAACCCAGAGAGGGAGGCCAAGAAGGCUGAUCGGAUCAGCCGCUCCAAAACCUUCAAGCCCCGGAUCGCGUCCACUGACUAUGAGAGCUUCAUGUUCAAGUGCCGCCUCUGCAUGAUGGGUUUCCGCCGCAGGGGCAUGUUGGUGAAUCAUUUAUCAAAGAGACAUCCAGACAUGAAAAUAGAAGAGGUGCCAGAGCUCACGUUACCCAUCAUAAAACCCAACAGAGAUUACUUCUGUCAAUACUGCGAUAAGGUGUACAAGAGUGCCAGCAAACGCAAAGCACACAUCCUGAAAAACCAUCCUGGUGCUGAGCUACCUCCAAGCAUCCGGAAACUGCGUCCUGCAGGACCGGGAGAGCCAGAUCCUAUGCUAAGCACCCACACACAGCUGACAGGCACCAUUGCCACCCCUCCAGUGUGCUGCCCUCACUGUUCCAAGCAAUACAGCAGUAAGACAAAGAUGGUGCAGCACAUCCGCAAGAAGCACCCAGAGUUUGCUCAGCUCCCAAACACGAUCCAUGCACCGCUGGCGACGGCCGUCAUCAGUUCCACACCAGCUGUUCUCACCACAGACAGCACGACUGGAGAAACUGUUGUGACAACAGAUUUACUGACCCAAGCAAUGACAGAGAUAUCGCAGACCCUCACUACAGAUUACCGGACUCCCCAGGGAGAUUACCAGCGCAUCCAGUACAUCCCUGUGUCUCAAUCCACAACGGGCUUGCAGCAGCCUCAGCACAUACAGCUGCAGGUUGUUCAAGUGGCCCAGGCUACCUCACCUCACCAGUCCCAGCACUCCACAGUGGAUGUUGGGCAGCUCCAUGACCCCCAGACAUACACUCAACAUGCCAUCCAGGUGCAGCACAUCCAGGUCACAGAGCCAUCACCAGCAACUCAGUCAUCAUCACAGGCUGGGGGUCAGCCUUUGAGUCCCUCCUCGCAACAACCUCAGCAGGAGCUCAGCCCCUCACAGAUACAGACAACUACAUCGACACCAAACCAAGCCCUCCAGCAGCAGCAAGGCUCCUCAGUCCAGCACACAUAUCUCCCCAGCAACUGGAACUCAUUCCGGAGCUACUCAUCAGAGAUUCAGAUGAUGACCAUCCCCCAAGGGCAGUAUGUGAUCACAGAGACUGCUGUGGGUACCCCAGUCACCACUGUCAACACAGGGCAAGUAAAAGCAGUUACUCAGACUCACUACGUGAUAUCUGAAGGUCAGCCUGAUCUGGAUGGUAAACAAAACUCUUCACUCUCCAGUGAGGUUCAGGUGGGCAUUUCCCAGCCCACAGCCCACACGGAUCCCUUGGAAUCCCAGACGAGCAACCAGCAGCAAACCACCCAGUACAUCAUCACAACCACCACCAAUGAGAGUGGCGGGAGUGAAGUGCACAUCUCCAAAACCAGGACUUUCUCAGCAGAGCAUGAGUGAAAGAGCCUCAUGGUGCCAUUUGCUUGUCCUUGUCACCUCCCUGACAGCCCAGAUGUGGGGGUACCCUGGGGCUCUGUAUGUUUUAAUAUAUAUGCUCACUUACCUUCUACUAAAAUCUUGGAGCUCUUGUUAAUGCUUUAAGAGGGUUUAAUUCACAGUGACCAUGAAAUACCCUCAGAAUCCUUCUGGGAUGCUUUUUAUGCAGCUUUUAAGAAAAAGGACAAGAGAAGUGAAACCUCUGCUGGCCCUGGACUUUAUUUUUGGCAUGUCUGCUGACCCGUUUUUUUCCUUUUUGGAAGUGUGUCCAGCAAACAAUAUUAUUUCAGCUGUUUGGCAGAAAGCCUGCCUAACUGAAGGCUUCCUGGCAGAUUGUUGUAUGUAUAUUUUUAACAGGAGCCAUUAAAGAGGAGAGCAUCAUGUAAGUUGUUAGAAUAUGGCAGAACUGCUUCCUGUGGCUUCUAGCAGCCAAGGUGAAGGGGAGUGUCCCUGGGCCAUAUGAGCAGACUGCCUGCAGAAAGGAGCAGCAGCAGCCAAGCAGUGGUUCGUGGUGUCCCUUUAUGGGGAUGGAUUGAACAAUGAAGCUGUGAAGAUGUGCCGAAGCAGUCCAUUAAAUUAUUAUUCCAGCCCUCCAGAACUGUUUACGUGCUGUCUGCCCUGCCCUGUUUUACCCAGCAGUUUCAGAAAGCGAGAAAAGCACAGUCUUAAACCCAUGUUGUUUGGAACAAACUGACUGAAGUCCUAGGAGCACCUAAGGGUAGUACAGAGCCACUGUUACUUCUUUUCCCUCCAGUGUUUGCAGGGAAAAUUGCUUUUUUGCCUAUAAACAAAAAAACAAAACAAAAAAAAAGGCAAGCAGCUCAGCUAAACCUGCACAGUAGCUUCUGCUGUGAUCUAAGAUAGUUGUACAAGGAGAAAACGAGGAUACGAGCACUCCUCUGAAGGGACAGGGUCACUAUCUCUGUGGCCACCUCAAAGUAAACAUAUUUCUCCUCUUCAAGACUGGAUGGAGAGUUGGUUUCUUUUUUUUUUUUUCCAAAUAACCUUGUUAACAAUGUACUGUAAUUCCUUUCGACAGUUCCAGAAAAAAACCAACCAUGGACUCGGGAAACAUACAAGAAACAUGCUAGUGGACCACUAUUUAUGGAACAUGGAAAGCCAUCCAUGAGGGUUGCCAGAUGUGAUGAACCUGGUCUACAUACAGAAUUCACGUUGCAUUUAGGGACCAGGAGAAAGGGAAAGAGAAGGUUUAUCUUUUAAGGCCAUGUAAUAGGUUUUUCCUUACAUAGUUCUUCACAGGUUGUCUUGGUUGUUUAAGGCAUUCUGGUGGUUGCAAAAACAUGACUACAACUCCAUUGACUCCUGGUGGGAUAUACUGUGUAUGUCUGAAUUUCCAUUCUUUGCUGGAAAACUCAUCUGUGCAUAUCAGGAUACAUUUAUUUAUAAAACAGACACAAAGAAGGAUGCUGUGUCUUAGAUGUCGUUGAGACAGAAGAACUUGAGAAGUUUUUUUUGAUUUGUUUUCUCUUGUACUGCACUGAGUGUGAUUAUGGGACUCUUUCAUAGAUAUUCCCAUGGAUUCAGAUGUGGAUUACCCAUGUCAGUAAGCACUACACAUUGUGGUAUCAGGUUUUAUGGAGUUAAAGCUCUUUGGCAUGAGGGAACUCCACACUCAGGCUGCACAAGAGCAAAUCUGGUUCCUUGUGGGCAAAGCCUUUUAGCAGGCAUGGCUUUGGUAAUUAAUGUGUCUGUUAAUGUGGCAUGGAAAUAGUAUUGAGAUAAAUCAGCUGGCCAAUACUGGCCAGCCAAUAAGUGACUUGCCAAAAUGUGGGUUACUUUUUUUCCUAAGAUUUCUCUUCUCUUGCUGUACCACCAUACUGAGGCACUGAUGAGCAGGGUAGAAUUGACAUGAAGCAGAGCUCCCAUUUGGUCAAGUGCAGUGAGUGAGUGACCUUACGUUCUGUCUAUUUGGCAGCCCAGCCACUGUGGCAAUGUGGAGAAACAACCACAAUGCCCAGUAACUUGAAUUCAUGUUGCUGAGGACUUUGGAAUUACAAUGUUGAGUCUUGCAAUGUUGUUUAUGUGGGAAGAGAGUAGGGAGAAUUUUGUCAUAGCUUUUUUCAGGCUGCUGCUAAUUUAGUAACAAGUAGUAGGAAAAUAGCAGACUUGGAAAUGGAAGACUGGGAUACUGGAGGACUGUGGGAGCAAUUUUAAGAAUCUUAAAAGUUUGACAUUAGACAAACAUCAGAUAUGUUCACAUUAUUGAUCUUGCACAUGGGGGGUUUAAAAACUACUUUGGUCUAUUCACCUUUGUUGGAAUGGUCCAUGAAUGAGGACAGUUUUACCAGUUAUUUAAAAGCGAAAGCUAUUUAAAACAGAAAACCAUUUUAAAACAGCCUUUUUGAACUCAAAUAUUUCCUCAUCAAAGUUUCUCUGCCCUGCAGCAGCAGCAGCACCCUCGGGCUAUUGGCCUGACUCCAGGUGAAGUAAUUCCUAGUGUCAUGAGUUGAAUGAAUUGCCUGUGAAAGAAGCAAGUCUGGAAAUGGAAGUACCACAGAAUUUCUUUCCAAAAUAAGGAACUACAGUGAUUGCACAGAUGGCAAAGGUUGCACGGAUUUUUUUUCUCCAUUUCUGCAGUGCAGAAGGAAUGGGAUGUAUUAUUAUUGUUUGUAAACCAGAGCAACCCAAAGAUCUCUCUAAGUUGUAUCCCACAGAAGUGUAAAUCCAGAGUCCUCUCAGUUGCCUGGAAGGUCUGUGUUUUGUUUGGAGAUACUGUCCCUUGGAUACUGUCCCUUGGAGGCAUUCUGGGUCAGAUUCUGUAUUUUUCUGGAGGAAAACGAGAACAAUCCCAGCCUGCGCACCCUGAUCUUGCACCUCUUGGACUGCUCGGGCCCCAUCUCUUAUUUAACUGUGUAUGUUUAUUGUACAUUUGGUGACUGUUGUUGUGUUCAGAGUCUUGUGCAGCCUGGCAGGUAUAAAAAAAAAACAAACCAAACCAACCUGAAAAUAAUAAAUGUUUCUCUUUUUUUUUUUAAAUCAC